AUGUCGAAGGCGGCCGGAGGCGGGGCGGCGGCGGCGGAAAGUUGUCCCCCGGCCCCGGCCGGCCCGCCCGCCGCCGUGGAGGACCUGUCCAAAGUGUCGGACGAGGAGCUGCUGCAGUGGAGCAAGGAGGAGCUGGUCCGCAGCCUGCGGCGCGCCGAGGCCGAGAAGGUGAGCGCGAUGCUGGACCACAGCAACCUCAUCCGCGAGGUGAACCGCCGCCUGCAGCUGCACCUGGGAGAGAUCCGCGGGCUCAAGGACAUCAACCAGAAACUGCAGGAGGACAACCAGGAGCUGCGGGACCUCUGCUGCUUCCUGGACGACGACCGGCAGAAAGGCAAGAGGGUGUCCCGGGAGUGGCAGAGACUGGGCCGCUUCACCGCGGGGGUGAUGCACAAGGAGGUGGCCUUGUACCUGCAGAAGCUGAAGGAGCUGGAGGCGAAGCAGGAGGAGGUGGUGAAGGAGAACCUGGAGCUCAAGGAGCUGUGCGUGCUGCUGGACGAGGAGAAGGGCGCGGGCUGCGCGGGCAGCCGCUGCUCCAUCGACAGCCAGGCCAGCUUGUGCCAGCUCACCGCCUCCUCCACCGUCCCCUACGUGCGGGACGUGGGCGACGGCAGCAGCACCUCCAGCGCGGGCAGCACCGACAGCCCGGACCACCACAAGCAGCAGCAUGCGGGCGGCGGCAGCCCCGAGCACCUGCAGAAGCUGCGGGCGGAGGGCAGCCCCGAGCACGCCGCCAAGCACAGGAGCACCAGCCCGGAGCACCUGCAGAAACCCAGGGCCUCUGGGGCCCCGGAUCAUCCCAAAGCACUCAAAGGACCCAGCCCCGAGCACCACAAACCCCUGGGCAAGGGCAGCCCCGAACAGCAGAGGCACCCGCCGCACCCGGGCAGCAGCCCCGAGACGCUGCCCAAGCACGUGCUGAGCGGGAGCCCCGAGCACUUCCAGAAGCACCGGGCCGGGGGCAGCCCCGAGCACGCCCGGCACAGCGGCGGGAGCCCGGAGCACCUGCAGAAACACGCCCUCGGCGGGAGCCUGGAGCACCUGCCCAGGGCCAGGGGCACCAGCCCCGAGCACCUCAAGCAGCAUUACGCGGGGAGCCCUGACCACAAACACGUGGGUGGAGGCGGCGGAGGUGGCGGAGGCAGCAGGGAGGGCACCCUCCGGAGACAGGCGCAGGAGGAAGGGUCGCCCCAUCACCGGAACGUCUACAGUGGCAUGAACGAAUCAACCUUGUCCUAUGUUAGGCAGCUGGAGGCAAGAGUAAGACAGCUGGAGGAAGAGAAUCGCAUGCUGCCCCAGGUUGUGUGGAGGAAACUUGGAGAUGCUGCAGGUUCGUGUCCUGGGAUUAGGCAGCACUUGUCUGGAAACCAGUACAAAGGACCAAUGUGA